UGUGUGUGGAGGAACCGCCUGGCCCUGUGUGCGAGUGUGCGUGCGAGAGAGAGCGAAAGAAAGAGCUCUCCCUGUGGAUCUACGCCGAGGCCUCCUCUCUCUCUCUCUCUCCCUCUCUCUCUCCCCCGCUUCCUCUCGUUCUCGCUCUCCCUCCGCGGGCCGCGGGGGGCAGGAUGGACCCGCCGAGGGGCGAGAGUGCGCGGCCAGGGCCGGCGCGCGGCUGAGGGGGGGGAGGGGGCCGCAGAAUGGAGAGCGGAUCCCGCUGCUCGCCGGGCCAGGGCCUCUCCCGUCGCCGCGUCCCUGCCUGAUCUCUCCGAGCCGUGGGGCUUCAAGCGCGCGUGUGUAUGUGUGUGUGUUCCUUGACAAGCGGAGUGGAUUUGCCCUGCGUCUGGAUUGUGGCCGGCAGAGUGGAGCCGUGGAUCUGUUAGCCUGCGCCGGGGUUAGGAACGGAACACAGAGUGCUUCCCUCCUCCCUUCUUGGAUUUUCUCCUCUGUUUUUUUUUUUGGUUGCCUUUUUUUGGUCUUGGGAGAUUAACUCUUAAAUGGAUUACAAAAUGCACUCCAAGUCCAACGAUUUGCUGGAUUUUCAGACCCUAGACGCCCUCCUGGAAAAAAUCGCACACUACUCGGUCACUGUGAAAAGAGACCCCAGCGAGGAGUGCAAUGGGAUCACUGGUGCUCUCCCAGUGGAGUCUGCACCGGGGUCGAGACUGAGCGACUGGGGUCCUGCUGCCCCUCCCCCCGCCCCCGCCCCCGCGCCCCGCCCCGCCAGCAUGGGCGACGGCCUGGACGCCACUCAGAUGUCGGGCGGAAGCAGCAGCCAGGGGCACCCCUCCACCCAGCCCCCCGCCUUCAACCCCCCUCCCCCCGAGACCGCCGACCCCGCCCGGCCCAAACGGCAGACCAAUCAGCUGCAGUACCUGCUGAAGGUGGUGCUGAAGACGCUGUGGAAGCACCAGUUCUCCUGGCCCUUCCAGCAGCCUGUCGACGCCGUCAAGCUCAACCUGCCUGACUAUUACAAGAUCAUUAAGUGUCCUAUGGACAUGGGAACAAUCAAGAAGCGGCUGGAGAACAGCUACUACUGGAACGCCCAAGAAUGUAUUCAAGACUUCAACACCAUGUUCACCAACUGCUACAUCUACAACAAGCCUGGAGACGACAUCGUCUUAAUGGCGGAGGCUCUGGAGAAGAUGUUCCUGCAGAAGAUUUCCGAGAUGCCCCAGGAAGAGACCGAGAUCACGGUCAUGACGGGAAAGGGCCGCGGCCGGGGCCGCCGAGACGUAGGUCUGAACUCGAAGCCGGGCUCCGCCCAGGAUUCUCCGUCCACACCCCCCACCACGCGGGGCCUGACGUCCCCGGCCCCAGGGCCGCAGACACGGGGCCCAGUGCAGGGGCCCCCAACCCUGGCCCCCCCUCCCGCCAUGCAGGCCCUGCCACGCCUGCCACCCACACAGCCCUCCCACGCGCCCCACCUGGGGCCCCCCUUCUCCAUGGGGCCCCUGGACUGCAUCACCCAGAGCCCCAUCAUGACCUCUGUGCCCCCCCAGACGCAGACCCCUACCGUGCCCAUGCUGCCGAGCGUGGCCCCCCCAGUCAAAAGGAAGAGCCAGAAGCGGAAAGCGGACACGACCACGCCCACGGCCAACGACCAGCUGAGCGAGUCGUCGCCGGCGGCGUCCGAGUCGAAGUCGGGGAAGACCCUGCCGAGGCGCGAGAGCAGCCGCCCCGCCAAGCAGCCCAAGAAGGAGGCGCCCGACUCCCAGCACCACCUGCCGCUGGGCGGGGCCGGCGGCGGCGCGGGCGGGGCGCGCAGCCCCAAGCAGCAGGAGCAGCUGCGCUACUGCGCAGGCAUCGUCAAGGAGAUGUUCGCCAAGAAGCACGCAGCGUACGCCUGGCCCUUCUACAAGCCCGUGGACGUAAAGGCGCUCGGCCUGCACGACUACCAUGACAUCAUCAAGCACCCCAUGGACCUCAGCACAAUCAAGGUAAAGCUGGAGAGCAGGCAGUACCGGGAUCCGCAGGAGUUCGCUGCAGACGUGCGGUUAAUGUUCUCCAACUGCUACAAGUACAACCCCCCCGACCACGACGUGGUGGCCAUGGCACGCAAGCUGCAGGACGUUUUCGAGAUGCGCUUUGCCAAGAUGCCGGACGAGCCCGAGGAGGCGACUGCCCCCGCCCCCUCCCCGGCGCUGCUCCCCGCCCCCGUGAAGAUGCAGCCGCCCCCCGCCCUGCCCUCCUCCUCAGACAGCUCCAGCGACUCCUCCUCCGAGUCGGACUCCUCCACGGACGACCCCGAGGAGGAGAGGGCACAGAGACUGGCAGAACUGCAGGAGCAGCUGAAGGCUGUGCACGAGCAGCUGGCCGCUCUGUCUCAGCCCCAAACCAGCCGACCAAAGAAGAAGGAGAAGGAGAAGAAGGAGAAGAAGCAGAAGAAGAAGGUGGGGGGCAUGCCGGCGCUGGUGGAGCAGGUCCAGGAGCCCCCGCCUCAGGCCCUCAGGAAGAGCAAGAGCACCAAGGAGGCCGCGCCCAAGAAGACCAAGAAGCCCAGCAAGAAAGAGGGUGUGAAGAACAGCCGGUCGGCGGCGCCCCCCGCCCCGGCCCCGCCCACGCUGGCCCCCACAGCCUCGCUGGACUCGGAGGAGGAGUCUGGGCCGGGCGGGGGCGUGGCGGCGGGCGCAGGGGCGGGAGAUAAGUGCAAGCCCAUGUCCUAUGAGGAGAAGCGGCAGCUGAGUCUGGACAUCAACAAGCUGCCGGGCGACAAGCUGGGCCGCGUGGUGCACAUCAUCCAGUCCCGCGAGCCCUCGCUGAAGAACUCCAACCCCGACGAGAUCGAGAUCGACUUCGAGACGCUCAAACCCUCCACCCUGCGCGAGCUCGAGAGAUACGUCUCCUCCUGCCUACGCAAGAAGAAGAAGCUGCCGGUGGCAGAGAAAACGAUGGAGGUGAUGAAGAUGAAGACGGGCUCUUCGUCAGACUCGGGCAGCAGCAGUGAGUCCAGCUCCUCUGACAGCGAGGACUCCGAGACGGGCAUGGCUCAGAAGCAGAAGAAGAAGGGUCACUCCGGGAAGGAGGGGAAGAAGCCGCACCACCAGCCGAUGGGAGGGGGCGCCCCCCAGGCCCUGGCCCCGCCUCCACCCCAGGUGCCUGUGGUGCAACCCGCCCCGCAGCUGAAGCAGCACCCCUCCCCACCAGCCUACGCGCCCCCUCCGGUCACGCUGGAGGCCUCCCAGCUGCUGGGGGGCGGCCUGGACCCCCUGCCCCACUUCAGCCAGCCACUCAUGCACCUGUCCCACCAGCACAGCGAGCCCUCCCCGCCCCCGCCCGCGCCCCCGCACCUCAACGCCCACCCGCCCAUGGAGACCCACCCCUUCCUCAACCAGCGCACCGUCAUGCCCUCUCCAGCGCUCCACAACGCCAUGCCCCAGCAGCCCUCUCGCCCCAGUAACCGUGCCGCCCCCCUCCCUCCCAAACCCCCGCAGCCACCCGCCCAGCCGGCCCCCCCUCCCCAGCAGCAGCAGCAGCACCUGCCCCCCCACGUCCUGCACCCUCCGCAGCCCCCCCUGCAGGCCCCGCCCCCGCAGCAGCCCCCGCGGCCCCGCAUUCCCUCCCCCGCCCCGCUGGCCCCGCUGGGGCUGCUAUCGGCGCAGCCGCCCCAGGCCCUGCUGGAGGACGACGAGGAGCCCGCCGGCCUGCCCCUCAGCCAGGUGCAGCUGUACCUGCAGCACCUGCAGGGCCGCCAGCCCGCGCCGCCGCCCCCCCCCCAGCCCCAGCCGCCGGCCCCGCUCCUGCAGUCUGUGCAGGUGCAACAGCAGCCGCCGCCUCCGCAGCCGUCUGCGCAGACCCUGCAGCAGCAGCAGACGGCUGCGCAGACCCCCCAGUCGCAGACCUCUCAGCAGCAGCAGCAGAGACACCUGCAGCACAUGCAGCAGCUGUCCUACCCGCAGGGCCCCACGCAGCCCCCGCAGACGCAGCCCACGCAGACGCAGCCCCCGCAGACGCACAAGGCACCGCCCCCCCAGGCCAAGCAGCAGCUGAUCCAGCAACACCACCACCCAUCUCCACGGCAACACAAGCCUGACCCCUACAGCGCCGGACACGUGAGGGAGAACCCCUCCCCUCUGAUGAUGCAUUCCCCCCAGAUGCCCCUGUACCCCCCCACAGGCCACCAGUCCCCCCCACACAGCUUGCAGCAGCCCAAGAAACCUGAGCAGCGGCCCCCCCCAUCCCAUGGAGGGAUGAAAGAGGAGAAGCUGCCCCCAUCCCCGGUGAUCCGGGGGGAGCCCUUCAGCCCCCCACUGCGGCAGGAGCCGCCCCAGAAACACCCCGACAGCAAGCCCCUCCAGCCGGGCCCGGGCCCACAAAGGUCGGACAUGAAGCCCAUGGAGAGCUCUCGGCCUGUGAUCCGCUCCUCUGAGCCGGGCGCCCUGCCCCCAUCCCUGCAGGACAAGGACAAACUCAAACAGGAGCCCAAGACCCCCAUCGCCCCCAAGAAGGAUGUGAAGCUGAAGAACAUGGGUCCGUGGGCCAGCCUUGCGCAGAAGUCGGCGUCCGCGCCCUCGUCCACGCUGAAGUCGUCGAGCGACAGCUUCGAGCAGUUCCGCCGCGCCGCCCGCGAGAAGGAGGAGCGGGAGAAGGCCCUGAAGGCCCAGGCGGAGCAGGCCGAGAAAGAGCGCCUCCGCAGGGAGCAGGAGAAGCUGCGCCGAGAGGAGGAAGAGGCCCUGGAGCCGAGCCGCAGGCAGCAGGAAGAGUCACGCAGGCGGCAGGAGCAGCAGCAGCAGCAGCAGCAGCAGGUGCAGACUGUGCAGACGCAGCCCCCGCAGGCGGCGCAGGCGCAGCCGGCCCCGGACGCACAGCCGCCGCAGCCUCCCAGCCAGCCGCCCUCCAGCACCCAGAGCGCACUCGACCAGCAGAGGGAGCUAGCACGCCGCCGUGAGCAGGAGAGGAGGAGGAGAGAGGCGAUGGCUGCCACCAUAGACAUGAACUUCCAGAGUGACCUGAUGGCCAUCUUUGAGGAGAACCUGUUUUGAACCUGAACAGAGGGAGUAAAAUGCAGAAUAAAAAAAAAAACAACUU